AUGAAGUGUGAGAUGGAUGGUCACCAUGUGAAAGUGUUUGGGAGAGCAAUCCAUGCUUUAGCUCGAAUAAGUGAGGAACUGUGGCUUGACCCGACUGAAAGAGGUCUUGCUGUGCGAUCUGUGAAUUCUUCUAGAUCAGCUUAUGCAAGUGUUUUAUUCCCAACUAUGUUCUUUCAACUGUACCAGUGGUCAGCUCCACAUGAAAUAGGUGACAGUAAUAUGCCAACGCAUCUAAAAUGUCAAUUAGGAAUGAAGUCAAUUCUGCCCAUAUUUAGAUGUCUGAAUACACUUGAAAGAAAUGUAGAAAAGUGCAGCAUUUUUAUCAGUGCUAAUACAUGCCAUGUGAUUUUUCAACUCUUCUGCAAACACGGUAUUAUAAAAACGCAUAACUUAUCUUUUCAAGAAUCUGAGCCUUUGCAAGCUGUUUUUGCAAAGAAUAUGUGUCCUAAUGUAUUGAAGGUUCAGUCAAGGUUGUUGGCUGAUAUAAUGAUCCAUUUUCCAUUGAGUCAAGAAGAAAUUACUUUAGCUGUGACACCUACGAAAGUUUGUUUUAAGAGCUAUCUUGAGGAUGAAAUAGAUUUUGGCAAGUUUAUGUACACUGAAAUGCAUCUUGAUCCAGAAGAAUUUGACUACUUUCAAGUUGGAAUUGACACUGAAGUAACAUUCUGUCUUAAAGAACUGAGGGGACUGCUGGCAUUUUCAGAAGCUACAACUGCUCCUGUAUCUAUUUAUUUUGAUCUUUCUGGAAAACCUGUGGCUUUCAGCAUUGAUGAAAUUGUCUUAGAAGCCACUUUUGUUUUGGCGACAUUAGCUGAUAUUCAAAGUGGGAUAUCUUCUCCAAGUUCCCUGUGCUUUUCACAAAACCUGAAAAGGUCAGAUCCGAUAAAGUACAAGUCGGGCACUGAAGGCAAUUUGACAAUCAGAGAGAAGGAAUCAGCCAUAGUCAAAGCAGCAUCCAAGAGACCUGCAGACAGUGAGAGACAUAUCAUUGCCACUGAACUAGAAAGUUUUAGUGUCCCUGCAGUGAAAAGAUUGGAAACACACAUGGCUGGAACAACAGAAAACAACCUUAGUGUUAUGGAAGAGGUGAUGCCAAAGACUCAAAUAUAUAAUAAGUUUUGUUCUCUGUUUUUUGGAGCAGUUUCACGGAAGCCACAAGACCUCAACCACCCCGGGCUCCAGCUGACAAGAGCAACGGACAGUGAAGAAGAUGUUACUAAUGGUCGGCUCUCGCCAGUCUUUUAGCGGUGCCCAGAGAAGCCCGUCUCCCCCGCCGUGACAAGAUGACCCACCCCUCAAAUGUGCCUCUGCUCAAUGAGUUCCUUUACAUAUUCCCCAGUUUACCAGGUAGUUCUGAGAGCAUCGCAAAUAUCAUUUUAAAUGGCAGCUUCUGUGGAAGGGGUUUGGCCCUUAGUGUGAUCUCGGAUGCCUCGUAGGAGGCACCGGCUCGCCAGGCCUUCCUCUGGCUGUGGCCACAACUGAACAUUUAGUUCCCUUCUCAGAGCAGUCCAGUGCCCUUUCACAACAGCUCGUGCACUUGGCGGCUUUACAAAAGCAUUUAAACUUUAUUCAGUGGUUAAUAACUUGGAGCGGUCCCUGACA